GUGCCCACCUCGCGGGACGAUGCCUUGGCUGCCCACACCCCGGGAGCCCCUGCUCCGCGUGGCCGUGACUGGGGGCACCCACGGCAACGAGAUGUCGGGCGUCUACCUGGCCCGGCACUGGCUGCAGUGCCCCGAGGAGCUGAGGCGCCCCAGCUUCUCCGCCAUCCCCAUCCUUGCCAACCCCGAGGCCUCCGCCGCCUGCAGCCGCUAUGUGGGCCAAGACCUCAACCGCAGCUUCACCAGCGCCGUACUCACUUCCAGGGCCACGUCCAAUGAUCCGUAUGAGGUGACAAGGGCCCGAGAGUUGAACCAGUGGCUGGGGCCCAAAGCCUCGGGCCAGGCCUUCGACUUCAUCCUGGACCUGCACAAUACCACAGCCAACAUGAGAGCCUGCAUCCUAGCCAACAGCGACUGCUGCGCCUUCGCCAUGCACAUGUGCCACUACCUGCAGCUACAGAACCCGGAACUGCCCUGCCAUGUUAUUCAUUACCAGUCUGGGGAGACCUUCAGUCUGCAGUCGGUGGCCAAGAUGGGGCUGUCUCUGGAGCUGGGCCCCCAGCCGCAGGGCGUGCUGCAGGCGGACAUAUUCUCUCAGAUGAGGGCGCUGGUGGCCUCCAGUCUGGACUUCAUCGAACUCUUCAACCAAGGCACCGGCUUUCCUGCCUUCGAAAUGGAGGUCUACAGGCACUGCGGCGAGGAGGACUUCCCUCGCACGGAGGCGGGGGACCUGGCUGGCAUCGUGCACCCCCAGCUGCAGGACCAAGACUUUGAGCCUCUCCAGCCAGGUGCGCCCAUCUUUCAGCUGUUCAGUGGCGAGGAGGUGCUGUACCAGGGAGACCGCACCGUAUACCCCAUGUUUAUCAACGAGGCUGCCUACUAUGAGAAACACAUGGCCUUUAUGAAGACUGAGAAAACCUCCAUCUUGGUGCCUGCCCUGCCUCCCCUUCCUGCUGCUGCCCCCAUCCAGACUCCCUAACCCCAACUCCCUCUGCCCCGCCUCAGCCCUCCCAGAAGAAGGGGCUCCAGCUCAGAGGCGGAGCCCCUGUCCCCCACCCCCUGCUGUGAAAUUGAAGAUGGCCAGAGAGCAUGAUUGCUGUCUACCGUCCUGCAGGGGCCUCUCUCUGGCUCAGGAAAUGGAUGGAGGAAGGGAGGGUUGACCACAGGAUCUGGG